CUACCUACAUCUGUCUCCAGCUAGGUAUAUAAGUUUCCUUGGUUAUCAUCCACUUAGGAAACAUUCAAACCACUCUGAAUGGAAGCCAACAAGAGUAAUGAAGACUGAUAUCUGAGCUGAAGUUGGAGGAUACCCUCAAACAUCCCUGGCAGCCUGAUCUGCUUCUUUUGGAUUCAAUAAUCAUCUCCAAAAUGACAAAUAAUCAAACUGAAUGUCGACACUGCAUGAAAUUACUUUAUGGAAAGAAGUAUACACUAAAGGACAAUGAUGCUUACUGCAUCCCGUGUUAUGAUCAGCUCUUUUCUAACACCUGUGAAGCAUGCAAGCAGACCAUAGGGUGUGAUUCAAAGGAUCUUUCCUACAAAGACCGACAUUGGCAUGAAGAGUGCUUCAACUGUGCCAAGUGUAAUAACUCUUUGGUGGAAAAGCCUUUUGCUGCCAAGGAUGAAACCUUGCUGUGUACUGAGUGUUAUUCUAAUGAGUAUUCCUCCAAGUGCUUCCAAUGUAAGAAGAACAUUUUGCCUGGCUCCCGUAAAAUGGAAUUCAAGGGAAACGUAUGGCAUGAAACUUGUUUCGUUUGUCACUCUUGCCAAAAACCUAUAGGAACAGACCCUUUAAUCUCCAAAGAGAGUAAAAACUACUGUGUGCCCUGUUUUGAGAACCAGUUUGCUCCACGCUGCACUGGUUGCCAGAAGGUGAUAACUACUGGAGGAAUGACUUACCAUGAUGAGCCCUGGCACAAGGAAUGCUUUCUGUGUACUGGAUGCAAUAAACAACUAUUUGGAGAAAGUUUCGUUUCCAAAGAUGAUCAUCCAUAUUGCCAAGAUUGCUAUGCCACCCUCUAUGCCCAGAGAUGUGAAGGCUGCACCAAACCCAUUACUGCUCUCGGAAGCCCCCAGUACAUCUCAUUCCAGGAACGACAAUGGCACAGCGACUGCUUCAAAUGUGGAAAAUGCAAUGCCUCAUUAGUGGGCCAAGGCUUCCUGACUCAUCAGGAAGCCAUUCUCUGCAGGGAAUGUGGUUCCAACACAGAAUCUGAGAUCUGAGUGGCGCAACUUACCUUUCACUUGUGUUUCUUGAGGGUUUCUCGUUCACUAAAUUUAGAACUCACUCAAAGUCAAA